AACAUCCAGGGAAUCCCAGGAGAUACACUAAAGGCAGUUUCUGCUCCACAAUCUGCAAACUCCUGAAUCUUCCUCCGUCUGCAAAAAAGACACCAAACUGUGACACAAUGAAAGUGGCUGUUGUUUUCGUUCUGCUCUUCGCCACAGUCCUCUGUCGGCCGGCGAGAAAGGUCUCUUUGAGCAGUUCAGAGAGCUCUGAGGAAGUGGUAAGACGUCCAGCCGCUCCACCUCUCAGAAGAAAGGCGGCAGAGGUUCCCCAGUACCGUGCAGCACCUGUACAGAAUGUCGAGGCAGCAGCUGCUGCCAGCUCAGAUGAAAGCACAGACACCUCAGAUGAAGUUGAGGAGGUGGCAGUAGAGACUCCAGCAGAAGUCAAAUCUGUCAGCGCAGACACAACUUCAUCCCCAGAAACAGCCUCUGUCAGCACCCAGGACAGCGAGGACAGUGAUGAUGACGAUGAUGAUGAUGAAACAGAGGAGACUGACACCGAUGAGGAUGAAUCCAGCGACAGUUCGGAAUCAGGCGAGUCUUCCACUCCCGCUCCCGCCACCGACAUCCCCGUGGUCGUCACAGAGGAACCCGUGGCCGAGACCACCGUUGAGCCCAUCGUGCCUACCAUCGUCACCGACACGGAUGCAGGCCGCGGAGACAGCUUGGGAGGCUACCCCAGCGACUAUAAGUCCAUUGUUUACUACGAGGACAAAUCCUACCACAAGGUUCCUGCUCCCUACAAGUCCUACGAGUUUAUCAGCGAAGGGAAAAAGUCGGCCUACGACAUGACAGAGGGCAACGAGGUGGAGAAGUCACUGCAGGUGUACAAGGCUCUUCAGGUCCACUCUGACCUCCUGGAGGAGGACACCAGCACCCCUGAGGUGGAGAGCCAGGGCCUCGACGCCUCCUCCGGCACCUCAGAGAGUCAGGACAUUAGCCCUCGCCAGGCCUCCCUUCCAGAGGAGGAGGAGAGUGCCAGCGCCAGCGACGCCACCACCAGCGAGAGCUCCAGUGCCCCAGAGGAAGAGGAGGAGGAGGAGAGUGCCAGCACCACCAGCGACAGCGCCAGCACCAGCCAGGAGUCAGAGGACGAGGAAAGCCAGAGCAGCGAGGAGGCCACGGCCACGGCCACGCCCGGAGCCGCUGACAGCGAUUCAGAUGAGAGCGAUGAGAGCGAUUCAGACGAGCAGGCUGCCGGACCCGACGCCACCACUGACAUGCCAGCGGUCAUCACAGCCAAAUAA